GUAUUACUUGCACUUUGCCGACGCUGACUGUCAAAAAAAAGCAAGAGCAAGAAACUGCUUUGUGUUAGUUGUUGCUGCCAGCAAAAUUCAAGAUAAAAUUAAGUAAAAACUUGCUCCAAACACACGUCGUUUACAUACUAAUAAGUUGAAAUAUGGAUCGUUUGCUACGUCUUGGCGGCUCAAUGCCUCAGGCCGCACCACCAACAGAUGCCCCCGUUGUGGACACAGCCGAACAAGUAUAUAUUUCCUCGCUGGCCCUUCUCAAGAUGCUGAAGCACGGACGUGCUGGCGUGCCUAUGGAGGUCAUGGGUCUCAUGCUGGGAGAAUUCGUCGAUGAUUACACGGUCCAGGUGAUCGAUGUAUUUGCUAUGCCACAAACAGGCACAGGAGUCUCUGUGGAAGCCGUGGAUCCCGUGUUUCAGGCCAAGAUGUUGGAUAUGCUUAAGCAGACGGGUCGCCCCGAAAUGGUCGUCGGCUGGUACCAUUCGCAUCCUGGUUUCGGUUGCUGGUUGUCAGGCGUCGAUAUUAAUACGCAACAAUCCUUUGAAGCAUUGUCCGAACGCGCCGUUGCCGUUGUCGUGGAUCCCAUACAGUCGGUCAAGGGCAAGGUGGUCAUUGAUGCCUUCCGUCUAAUCAAUCCUAACAUGCUGGUGCUCGGCCAGGAGCCGCGUCAGACCACCUCGAAUCUGGGACAUUUGCAAAAACCAUCGGUACAGGCACUUAUCCAUGGCCUGAAUCGUCACUACUACUCCAUCAGCAUUAAUUAUCGCAAGAAUGAACUGGAGCAGAAGAUGCUGCUAAAUUUGCACAAGAAAUCGUGGAAGGAUGGCUUGACACUGGCCGACUACAACGAGCACUGCUCCAUCAACGAGGACACAGUGGCCGAGAUGCUCGAUUUGGCCAAGAACUACAACAAGUCACUCGAGGACGAGGAAAAAAUGACGCCCGAGCAGCUGGCGAUUAAGAAUGUGGGUAAACAGGACCCGAAGCGACACUUGGAGGAGAAAGUAGAUAAGGUUAUGCAGAACAACAUUGUACAAUGCUUAGGAGCUAUGCUCGAUACAAUUGUUUUUAAAUAAAUCAAAUCGUAUUUGCUAUUAACUGGAAUAAUAACAAAAAUCAACCCCUAAAACAAACCUACAUCAAUCACACCCAACAAAAUAAAAAGAAAUAAAAACUGCUUUGUUUUAGAGCAAAAAGUUUUACACAAAACAAAAAUGUAUUUUUAUUACACGCACAAAAUUCGCAUAGUAUUUGAUUUUUUCUUUUUUUUUUGUACUUAUAUUUUAAGUAGAUAAAAGUAUAAUAAAUCUUAUGAAACUUAAGACUAAGCGGCCGCAGCAGCUGCGCUUAACGAUGCGGAUGCCGACUGCGCAGGUUUUGUUGUCAUCUUCGUUGUCGCUGCCGCUGUUGUUGUUGGGCUGUCUGCUGCUUUGCUAAUUAAAGAUGGCGGAUACAUCGCUGUUUAGGCGCGUUCGCCACGGAUACGUCUGGCCAACUGAAUAUCCUUGGGCAUGAUGGUGACACGCUUGGCAUGGAUGGCGCACAAAUU